GCGCCGGCAGCCCCGCGCCCUGCUCCGGAGGGAGCGCUGCCCGGGCCUCAUCCCGGGCUUCAUCCCAGCCUUCAUCCCAGCCCUCAUCCCAGCCCUCAUCCCGCCUUCCCGCCGCGCUCCUGCCCCGGGGCCGGCCCGGCCCGGCUCUGCCCUGCCGGCCGCCGCCGCUGCUGCCGCCUCCCGCCGCCCCGCUGCGCCACAGAAAGGCUAAGAACAUGAGCCUCUACAAUUUGGACCGGUUCCGCUUCGAGAGGAAGGGGAAGGGCGCGGAGCAGGUGUCGCCGUCCUCGCCGGCGGCCUGCGCGGAGGCACCUGUGGCUGCUGCCGCGCUCCGUGCUGCUGCAGGGGAUGAGGAGGAAGGUGCGGAUGACAACAAGAGGCCAGACACUCCGGCUUCGGACGUGUCAGAGAGAACUGAGUAUUCCACCAUCCCAGAAACUCCUGAAGCUCAGAGGACAAUGAAAGAGUCUUACUUCAAGCGCCAGCGAGGGGUGCACUUCCUCGAUCUCUCUGACAGCGAGGAUGAGGAGCCACAAAACGUCAGCGCUGCCAAAGAAACCUGGGCUCCGAGGGGAGAGGUGGUCUUAAACUCUGAAUUGUAUGAUGAUGAUGACCAGCCGGAGGAGGAAAUGCCCCAGCUGGCACUUGUAAAUGGUGGGGAGCAGCAGCCAGUUGUGAAGGAGCAUUUAGAGAAGGAUACCAGAGACUCAAAGCUGCAAACAAUGAAGGAACGUUUUCCCCAGAGAAGUGACCAAGAAUUAUUAAAACUGAUAGAAUCAGCAUGCACAAUGGAUGAAGCAGUAGCUGCUGGCUUGAAGCUCAAUGACAAAGCUGCCUCUAGUAAAAGGAAAGAAAGAGAUUCUCCCACAAAUUGCAAAACCAAAAAUGAGCAAGUUGCAAAAAAGUCAAAAGUUAGUUAUCUGGAUGACUCAGAACCCAAAAGACAAUGGGAGAGGCAAGAGAUGCUUGUGAAGAAGUUGCAAAGUACAUUCCCUGGAUUGGAUAAGGAGGAACUGAGAGAGGUACUUGAGGAACAUAACUGGGUGUUUCAUGAUGCACUGGAGGCCCUGAAAAUAUUUGCAGACGACGAGGAGGGUAUGGAAUUUCCUCCCAAAAGGAAUGUUGCUGACUGGACCGAAGCCUCUACUAAAACCCAAAGUGAGGAGAGUAAAGAUAAGGUGAAACAGAAAGCUUCUGAGAGAGAGCAGAAUGGCUUUCAGAAAAAGGACAAAGUCAAAAGGAGCAUUUGGAGUGCUGAGAGAGAAACAGAACAUGUGGAGGAUGAGUCCUCUUCUGAAGACGGUGGAAGCUCCCUGGAUGAGGACUACAGCAGCGGUGACGAAGUGAUGGAGGAUAGCUACAAAGCGAAAAUCCUCAGCUUCCUGCAGGAUGCUUCCCUGAGUGAACUGACUCUGAUUCCCCAGUGUUCUCAGAAAAAGGCUCAGAAGAUAAUAGCGCUCCGGCCCUUUAACAGCUGGGAGGCUCUGUUUACUAAAAUGACAAAGACUUCUGGUUUGUCAGAAGAUAUAGUGUGGAACUGCAAGAUACUGCUGAAGGAGAGGGAUGUGGUUCUAAAGCUUAUGAAUAAAUGUGAAGAUAUUUCCAAUAAACUGACAAAACAGGUAACCAGGAUUACUAGAGAUGGAGAAUGUGGAUGGAACAUAGAGCAGCCCUCCAUUCUGAAUCGCAGUUUGAAACUGAAGCCAUAUCAGAAGAUUGGUUUGAACUGGUUAGCACUGCUGUAUAAGCACAGAUUGAAUGGCAUCUUGGCUGAUGAAAUGGGCUUAGGGAAAACAAUUCAAGCUAUUGCAUUUCUGGCUUAUCUUUACCAAGAGGGCAAUAAAGGUCCCCAUUUGAUAGUUGUACCAGCUUCAACAUUAGAUAACUGGAUAAGAGAAGUUCAUCUGUGGUGUCCUGAACUGAAUGUCCUCUUUUACUAUGGAUCCCAAGAAGAUAGGAAACAUCUCAGGUUGGACAUUCACAAUAAAGUAGUUGAUUUCAAUGUGAUUGUGACUACAUACAACUCUGCAAUGAGCAGCUCAGAUGAUCGAGGACUGUUCCGCAGGCUGAAGCUUAACUAUGCAAUUUUUGAUGAAGGUCAUAUGCUCAAGAACAUGAGCUCUAUCCGCUACCAGCACCUCAUGACAAUUAAUGCCAAGAAUCGCUUGCUGCUAACGGGGACUCCAGUUCAAAAUAAUCUGUUGGAAUUGAUGUCCCUCUUGAAUUUUGUCAUGCCCCAUAUGUUCAGCAGUAGCACUAGUGAAAUUCGAAGGAUGUUCUCUUCAAAAACAAAAACUGCUGAAGAACAAAGCAUAUAUGAGAAGGAGAGAAUUGCACAUGCAAAGCAGAUAAUAAAGCCAUUCAUCUUGAGAAGAGUAAAAGAUGAGGUCCUUAAACAGCUACCUCCCAAAAAAGAUCUCAUUGAACUGUGUGCCAUGUCUGAGAAACAGGAACAACUCUACUCGGCUCUUUUAAACAAGCUCAAGAAAACCAUUAACAGUAAUGAGAAUAACUCCAAUAUGGGAAAUGCAAUGAUGCAACUUAGAAAAAUGGCUAAUCACCCUCUUUUGCAUCGUCAGUAUUACACAAAUGACAAGCUCAGGACAAUGUCUACCCUCAUGCUCAAGGAACCCACACAUUGUGAUGCUAACCCUGACCUUAUCUUCGAAGAUAUGACAGUAAUGACAGAUUUUGAGCUGCAUGUUCUUUGUAAGCAAUAUUCUCACAUCAGUGACUUCACGUUAGACAUGGAUCAGAUCCUGGAUUCUGGGAAGUUUAGAGCAUUGGAACGCAUUCUCUCCAACCUUAAAGAGAAGGGUGACAGAGUUGUGUUGUUUAGCCAGUUCACGAUGAUGCUGGACAUCUUGGAAGUUUUGCUAAAACACUGGCAACAUAGAUACCUCAGGCUGGAUGGAAAAACACAGAUUUCUGAGCGGAUACACCUGAUAGAUGAGUUCAAUACAGAUAUGGAUAUAUUUGUAUUCCUUCUGUCCACCAAAGCUGGAGGCUUGGGCAUUAAUCUGACCUCAGCCAACGUUGUUAUCCUUCAUGACAUUGACUGCAACCCUUACAACGAUAAGCAGGCUGAAGACCGGUGCCACAGAGUGGGGCAGACACGAGAAGUACAAGUCAUAAAGCUUAUUAGUAAGGGGACUAUUGAAGAAACCAUGCUAAAAAUCAGCCAACAGAAACUGAAGUUAGAACAAGAUAUGACCGCAGCAGAAUCAGGUAGGUGUCUUGCACAUAAUGAUGUCCACUUAAGUAAAUUAGAGCUGCAAUAUGUUACUCUGAAAAAACACAGUUCUUCAUGCAGACAAGCCUUUUGUUGUUUGGGGUUUUUAUAUUAAACCAGAAAGAUGUGUUUUUGCUGGUUGUUCUUUGAUUUGACAGGAGGUGCCCUCUGAGUCUGACCCAGAAAUCAGUGACCAAAUCCUACAAGCAGAGGAUUUUUUUACUGUUUUGGGGACACGGGCUUUUAUCUGUUUAUGCGAAAUAUUUUAAGCUGUACUAAUGCUUCUCUUUAUUCCUCAGGAGAAGAAGGAAGCAUUCCAGCAGAUAUAGCCACACUAUUAAAAGCUUCAUUGGGUCUCUAAAAUGUAAAUAUGUUGUGAAAUUUAAGGAAGAAAUGUGAUUAAUUAUCCCAAGGACUCUUACAUUACUGUUGACCAGAAGUUUUAUGAAUGUUUAUAACUUUUUGUAGUUUCUUUAUUGUAUUGCUCAUGUUAUUGAAAAUUUUUAACACCAAUAGCAUUUUUUGAUGCUUAAAAGCAUAAAUGGCCUAAAUGUGCCAACCUCAGAUGCUGAAUAAAGAUUUUACAGAUCAAUUUUUAAAAUGGGGACCUAAGUAGUAAAUUGUUUUAACAAAUCUGCUACUGCUUAAGAUUUGUCAGUAUUUUUGUAAUUAUUUCUACCUCCAAAUAUAUAUAUAUAUAUAUAUAUAAACUGUCUGUUUCACUGGAUUCCACGUGUAAAUUUUUUUAUAUGUGCCUUAUUUGACAAUGCUCAAGUCUGUUUCUGCUUGUUUUGGUUCAUUUGAUGUACCGUACUGGUUUUGUAUCAACUUGUUCCAAUAAAAUUCUAUACAUUGACAAAA